AGAAAACACAACAGCGCUUCCCGGUUGGGACCUUUUCCUCAUGACAAACUCUGGGAUUAACGCUUGGAUUACUUUGAAUAGGAAUUGCAAUUUGUUUAAAAGACUUGGAUUACACAGAUGCAAAACUCACACUCUGUUUACAAUGAGGGAUCAGGUGUUGGCUCUCCCGGUGACCCCCGGUCCUUGAGGCGUCGCCGGCCUCCCUCGCGCUCGUCCAGUCGUAACUACCCUCACCUCGACCCCAGCUCCGACCCUGAUGAGGACAGUGACGAUGGCACCACCCGAGACCUGCGUGCAAUACCUCUGCCCAUGGCCCUCAAGAGAGCAGUGCGUCAGGCGCAGCAGAUGGAGACCCGUGUUACUUCCAGUGGAGAUUCCUGGAAGAAAAAGAAGAACAAAUUUUGGGUGAAACUCAAAACUGUCGCUAUAGAAAUUCUGCACUUUUUUACUCUGUGGAGGAAAUCUAUGCAGAAAAUUGGAGGUAAUUUUGGAGGCGGAGUCCAGUCCUACUUUCUGUUCCUACGUUUCCUGGUGGUACUGAACUUUUUUUCCUUCUUACUCAUCGCUGGGUUUGUCAUUAUCCCGAGUAUUGUUUUCCGAUCUGUGGAGGAGACACCUGCGAACAGCACAGGUCAAGAGGAAUGCAUGAUCUAUGACCCGAAUCCUCAAGGUCUGGUGGUUUUCUAUACCUUCAUCCUGGAUUUUCUCUCAGGAACGGGUUUUAUUGAGUACACAUACCUGUUCUAUGGUUACUACAACAACACUAUGGUCGAGGGCAUGAACUUUUCGUACAAUAUCCCCCUAGCUUAUCUGUCCACUGCAGCGUUCUACCUGCUGUUCUGCCUGGUCUGCAUCAUCGCACGAAUGGGGACCACAGCUCGUGUUGUUGUGGCGACAGGAGACAGCUCUGAAGGAAACUACAGUAUGCUCGUGUUCACCGGGUGGGACUUCGGGUCCAACGGGAACCAGGCCACAAAACUCAAACAGCAAAACAUCUACUACAGACUACAGGUGGAUCUUGAAGAGGAGAUGAUAAAGAAGAAGAGUUCCGCUCUCACACAGCGUCAGAAAGUUUGUCUUUAUUCAGCUCGUGUUGUUUUGUUCACUUUGACUCUUGGAUUCAUUGGAGCGGCUUUAACAGGAAUCUUCUUUGCCACUAACUUCAGUCAGCAAAAUUCGGACCAAGAGGGGAUCUUGGGGUUACUUUAUGAGUAUUUACCCUCCAUCGUCAUCACAGGAGCAAACUUCAUUGUUCCCCUGCUGAAUGAUCAAAUUGCUCCAUUUGAACAAUAUUCUCCCAGCGUCACAGUUGUCCUGGCAUUACUUAGGGCAGUCGUCUUGCGGUUGGUCAGUUUGGUUAUUCUUCUGUACACUUUGUGGCGUCAGAUCACAUGUGAUGAAACACCAGAUGAAUGUGCACUCUGCCAGUACAACGUCAAGGCUUAUCAGUGCUGGGAGACCCGUGUGGGACAGGAAAUGUACAAGCUGACACUCUUUGAUCUGAUCGUUAAUAUAGCUGUACUCAUGUUAGUGGAGUUUCCACGCAGGAUGAUAGUGGAUAACUGGCACAAUAAGAUGACUCAGUGGGUGGGGCGACAGGAGUUUGUGGUUCCCUAUAAUGUGCUGGGGCUGGUCUAUGGUCAGACUGUAGUGUGGACUGGAGCUUUCUUCUGCCCCCUGCUGCCUCUGAUCAACACCUUCAAGUUUAUCAUCCUCUUUUACACCAAGAGGAUAACUCUUUUCUCUAACUGUCGACCUGCAGUCAAGACGUUCCGCUCCACCACCUCCAGUUUCUUCUUCUCCGGGAUUCUCCUGCUCGGCCUGACACUGGCAUCUGUUGUGAUGAUUUACAGUGUUGCCGAGAUUCACCCCUCUAUGGCGUGUGGGCCUUUCCGGUUCUUGACAAGCAUGUGGGACGUGGUUCCUAAAUCCAUCAGCAAACUUUCCCAAACAACUCGAGAAUUCCUCUUCUUCCUCGGCUCCCAGUCAUUCUCCAUCCCGCUUUUUGUCCUAUCCUGUUUGAUUCUGUGUUACAUCGUAGCCUUAGCCACUGUCUACAAGAAAAGCGUUACUUUGUUAAAAACCCAACUUAAACUGGAAGGACAGGAUAAACAGUUCUUGGUCAGACAAAUCGGGAGACUGAGCAGCAAAAUCUGAUUUAAUCUUUAUGAAGCGAACCAAAAUAACUGUAUGCUUUCAUAACAUUAUAUGUAAUGCACUUUUAAGGUAUUUUGUGUGAUAUAUAUGCCUAUUAAAAUAUAAAUAAAUGUGUAUUGAUUUUUAAGGUGUCCCUAAUGUGUAUCCAAAUGGCUUACAAUUCAGAG